CUAAACAACACAGCACAUAAAUAGGACUAUAUUACACAGCUUUUAACUCCGCCUUAAAUUCCAUUGAAACCAUCGAAAAAAAGAAAAGAAAACAACAAAGAUUUGGAGUGUUUAUCUAUGGCUGGUAUGCUGCCGGGAGUUGAAGCAGCAAGAAGAAGAAGACUUCACCAGAAAAGCGAACCCUCUCCGGCCGUCUCCGGCUGCUCCACACGGCGAUCGUCUCUGUGCUUAUACGUCAGCAGCCAUGACUUCCAUCUCUGCAACUCAACGCCUUCCUCGCAGAGACGGCAGAUAAUGUGCGACGAGAGCCGGCUUGGCGCUGAGGCCCGAGAAGCGAAGAAAAGACUCGACUCGAGGCUGUGGACAUCGGAAACCACCAGGGUUAAGAACGGUUCGGAAGUAAAGAAGAGCGAAUCAAAGAGGCUAAAAUGGUUGAAGCUGAAGUGGAGGUCGUCAUCGUUGGAGGAGUGCGUGGUGUGCUUGGACGAGAUCAAGGCUUCACCGGAAAAUCUAAUGAAGUUGAGAUGUGGGCAUAGGUUCCACACUCACUGUUUGUUGCCUUGGCUAGAGGCCAAUGCACACUGCCCUUGUUGCAGAAUGGAAAUUACUAGUAAUUAAUAAUCUACCUUGUAUCAAAAUUAAUGCACAACUUUAAUUAGUACUUCUUCUACUUCUA